UCAUUUAUUUACCCACAUUAGAUAAACCCGCAAUCUAUAUUUCCAGUGCUGCGUGUCCUGUCGCCACAUUAUAUUCCCACAAGUGCGCUGUGGAACUUUCACACACCCUUUUGUGUGUGUGCCCGACAAAAAUUACUUAAGGUAAUAAGUUCAUCAGUGCUUGAUUGUAUGUCGGUGGAAUAAUAUCAACGAAACGCACAGAGAAUUUUCCAGAAUGCAUCGACCACAAAGCGCCAUGUCCCGCAAUGAGAGCGAAUUAGCCAGUAAAAGUCGAAGACAACUACAGUCCAUGGGCUCUCAGGGGGAUCCGAUUGAAAAACUGCGAUUAUUGUGCCUGUCCAGAGGUGCCACGGGUAUUUUGAACCUGGGAAGGAUGUUCAGGAGGAUGGACGAUGACGGAAACAAGAAUCUGACUCUGGAGGAGUUCGCCAAAGGGCUCAGAGAAACGGGACUGGAGAUAAACGACGCAGAAGCCGAGAAAAUUUUCCAGAUUUUCGACACCAACGGCGAUGGGAAUAUCAAUAUCAACGAGUUUCUUGUCCACAUUAGGCCGCCAAUGGCAGAGUCCAGAAAGAAGGUGAUAGAAGAAUGUUUCAAGAAACUGGAUAAAAAUGGCGAUGGGCAAUUGACUAUAGAUGAUCUGAAGAAUGUUUAUAAUGUAAAGUCCAAUCCUAGGUACAUAUCAGGAGAAGAGGACGAGGAGACUAUUUUGAAGAAAUUUUUAGCUAAUUUCGAAGAUGACAAAAGCAAAGAUGGAGUUGUGACGAAAGAAGAAUUCCUCAACUAUUACGCAGGCAUAAGUGCUUCAAUAGAUAAUGAUUGUUACUUCGAUUUGAUGCUAAGACAUGCUUACAAACUGUAAGGAAUAACUGGAUUUCUGCAUAGUUUCCUUCUAUAUACGAAACAAUUUGAAAUAUGAUUGACAUUGUUAUUUAAAUUACUGAAUGUUUAAAUUAUUUAGAGAUACAUAUUUAUCAGUAUAUAUCGAGAGAUGUUUUUGAGAGAUUAUAUAAUUUGUUAUUGAUCAUUUUAGGAGCACUUUAUGAAAUGUUGUGCGUUUAUAUAAAUGUUAUGUAACUGACGCCUAAAUAAUGGGUUAUCUACUAUUCAAAUAAAAAAUUCAAAAAGGAAAA